GGGAGCAAGCCGGAGCGGUAGCGGCGGCGGCGGCGGCAGCGAGGCUCGGCGCCCUCUUCUCCGCAAACCAUGUUUGCCAAAGGCAAAGGCUCGGCGGUGCCCUCGGACGGGCAGGCUCGGGAAAAGUUAGCUUUAUACGUCUACGAAUAUUUACUGCACGUAGGAGCACAGAAAUCUGCACAGACCUUCUUGUCGGAGAUUCGAUGGGAAAAAAACAUCACGUUGGGAGAACCGCCUGGGUUUUUGCACUCGUGGUGGUGCGUAUUCUGGGACCUUUACUGUGCAGCUCCUGAAAGGCGAGACACUUGUGAACAUUCGAGUGAAGCAAAAGCCUUUCAUGAUUACAGUGCAGCAGCCGCCCCGAGCCCUGUGCUUGGCAACAUUCCCCCCAACGAUGGGAUGCCAGGAGGCCCCAUCCCGCCAGGUUUCUUUCAGGGUCCUCCGGGGUCACAGCCCUCGCCGCACGCACAGCCUCCACCUCACAAUCCCAGCAGCAUGAUGGGACCCCACAGUCAGCCUUUUAUGUCACCGCGCUACGCAGGCGGCCCCAGGCCCCCGAUCAGAAUGGGAAACCAGCCUCCGGGAGGAGUUCCUGGGACCCAGCCGCUGCUGCCUAAUUCCAUGGAUCCCACCCGACAACAAGGGCACCCCAACAUGGGAGGAUCAAUGCAAAGAAUGAACCCUCCCCGAGGCAUGGGGCCCAUGGGGCCCGGCCCACAGAAUUACGGCAGCGGCAUGAGACCACCGCCCAACUCCCUCGGCCCCGCCAUGCCCGGGAUUAACAUGGGCCCGGGAGCUGGCAGACCCUGGCCAAAUCCUAACAGUGCUAACUCAAUCCCAUACUCCUCCUCAUCACCUGGUACCUACGUGGGACCUCCUGGCGGUGGUGGUCCCCCAGGAACACCCAUCAUGCCUAGUCCUGCAGAUUCAACAAAUUCCAGUGACAACAUCUACACAAUGAUUAAUCCAGUGCCGCCUGGAGGCAGCCGGUCCAACUUCCCGAUGGGUCCAGGCUCGGACGGCCCGAUGGGAGGCAUGGGCGGCAUGGAGCCACACCACAUGAAUGGAUCGUUAGGGUCAGGUGACAUAGAUGGACUUCCAAAAAAUUCUCCCAACAACAUAAGUGGCAUUAGCAAUCCUCCAGGCACCCCUCGAGACGAUGGUGAGCUAGGAGGGAACUUCCUCCACUCCUUCCAGAAUGACAAUUAUUCUCCAAGCAUGACGAUGAGCGUGUGAUCCCCUCCUCUUCUCCGAGACGCUGAGAGAGCCGGCAUUGCAGGCGGGAAGAUGCCAGAAAUUAUGCAAGAAGAAGUGAGGUGUCAUUACCCAGGAGCUGGGGGAGGGGCAUCUCCCUGCUCCCCCUCAGCCCCCACUCUCCUCCUCCAGUCCCCCAACCUGUCCCAAUUUUAGUUUCAUGCAAUAAAAAGGCCUAACUUUUUAUUCCAUAAAACAUGAAGGACAAAACUCAAAAUAAAAAUAUAUUUCAA